UAAUAAUUCACUUUAAAAAAAACAGUGAAAGGAAGAGUAGAAGGAACAACUUUGGCUACAGUGUCGGCCGCUUCUUUCUUUCUUCCAAAAUCCCUAGAAGGGUUUUAGAAUGUGUUAAAUGUUGAAGGUGGCACCCAUUUCCCCCGAAGUGAUAAUUUGUCAGAGUAGAUUGAUGAUAUCACGCCAGUCGUGUGCUUAGUCCUUGGACUGAAGAUUUCAUGUACAACUAUAUAUUGGAGAGGAUCCAAAUUCACAUCUAAAUGAGCUAGUAUAAAAUUUUGGGAACUUAAGAAAACGUACUCAAGUGCAAGCUAUAUUCGGUGUGAAACAGAGUUUUGAAUCCCUGUGCUUUAGAAACUCUGAAAAAUCAUGGGGGACUGGACGAAACCUCUAAGAAAGGGCUAUGCCGGUCUGAGCUAAAGCGUGCUGGUAUGUCACGGUGGGGUGUUUCUCGACUAGUUUCCUUCCAGAACAAAUCCAAAAUGUCACCCAGUAUUUUUAAGGAUAAUGAAGAUCAGAAAGAUGUUAGGGAAGCUGUGACAGCUGAAUCGUCUGGGUCAGAAAGUCCAAACAGAAAGCGACUGAAACUUGGCCAACUUAGAGAGGCUAAAACUACAAAGCAUGCAAAACUAAGGCCACAGAACAGUAGUUCUCGCAAGUCUAAGCAUAAUAAACCUGAAAAUACGAAGGACCGAUGGUCUGCUGAUAGGUAUAAGCUGGCAGAACAAAGUAUGUUAGAUAUCUUGAAGGAUGAAGGGGCUGUAUUUGAGAAUCCAAUUUCUCGACCAGUGCUGAGAAUGGCAGCUCGUAAGCGCAUUGGUGAUACUGGGCUGUUGGACCAUCUGUUGAAGCACAUUGAUGGUAAAGUCGCACCAGGUGGUGCAGAGAGAUUUAGGCGUUGUUACAAUACUGAAGGAGUGAUGGAGUAUUGGUUGGAAAAUGCUGACCUAGUUAAGAUUAAGCAGGAGGCUAGGGUUCCAGAUCCUAACUAUGUACCUCCAUCAUCUUGGUGGAAGUGUGGUGGUGGCUCUUUUCAGGAUUCUGUUUGUGCUGGAGAAUUGAGGGUGCUUAAAGCAGAAAUGGAAAAAAUGAAGAGGGAUAUGCAGGAGCUAGUGUACCAUCAGCGAGAGCAAGAUCAAGCUAAUCCAGCUGAGGAUAUGCACAAAGAAUUGGUGAAAUGGAAAGCUAAAACAGAUCAGCGCCUAAUGGAGCUAUCAAGUUCUUUGAGUGGUAUGCAGGACAUGUAUAGGGAGUUCAUGAAAUGGAAGGCUAAAAUCGAGCAACAGCUGAUGGAAAUAUCUAAUACUUUGAACAGUAUGCAGGCAUUGAAGCAAUGCAAUACCUUUAACUCUCCAGGUCAUCCAGAUCAUGAAGGAUGGGAAGAUUGGCUGGAGAGCACCAACCUGGAUGAUAUUCAUGAAGAAGAUAUUGCGCAUAUCUUAGGGAACACUGAUCUGGGAAAUAUUGGUCAGGAGGCUGCACUGCAAGAUAACUUAGCUCCACCAUCUCGGUUGAAGCCUGGUGGUAGCCCUUUUGAGGAUUGUGUUUGCGCUAGGGAGCUGGAGCUUCUGAAGGAAGAAAUGGCUAAAAUGAAGAGAGAUGUACAGGAGCUAGUACCCAGGAGGCAAGAGGAAGACCAUGCUAUUGUGACCCCAGAUUCUUCUAUUACUACCAAUUCAAAGUUAGAUCUUGAUAAUUCAUUACUUAUUUUUCAGGAAAUGUUUAAGGAGCUGGUGAAAUGGAAAGCCAAAGUGGAACAACAAAUACAGGAGAUUUCAGAUACAGUUAGUGGUAUGCAGGCAUCAAAGAUAUAGACUACCUUUGACUCUCUAAGAUGGACAUAAUAUAUGAUAGGAUAGGAUUUUAGCUAUAUAUUUAUGUCUAGACAGCUGUCAUUACCUUUAGAUAAGUAGAAUAUAGAUAUUGUACAGACCAUAUAAAUCUGAAGCUUAUGGUUCUCCAAUCUGAAGUCGAUAAACCAGUAGGAUGUUUAUAACCUUUAAUGAUGUCUGUUGGCGGUUGAUCAUACACAAUUUUGAGAUUGUAAGCCUAACUGGUCUGAGGCUGUAGUAGACAAAGUUGGACGUCGGUUCUAUAGACGUGUUUUAAGAGAUGCUGUUUGAUACUACUCGAUCAUUUUAUGGAUCUCGACAUAUUCAUAUAUAUUACUUAUGGUGUGAUGCUCCA